CUUUAUAAAUUGGACCCGAAGGCCGCAACUUAAAUUAAUAAUUCCUUCUCGCUUCGCUUUCAUAAAAACACCCCCCCAAAAAAGCCUAAAAUCCUCACAGGCCGAACCCUAAUUCUCGAGGUUUAGGUCCAUUAGGGUUUAUCCCCAAAAAGCUCUGUACGUUCAACCUCAAGCCCAUCAACUCCGUCUUCAACCUUCGAAUUUUCAAAAUUUUUAUUUUUUUUCUUUGCCCGAAAGUAAACAAUUUCCAAAUUUCGUGUCGCAGAGGCCGGUUCUUCGUCUUCGGGGCUGCGAUUUAGGGACUGGACCUGCUUACUGGAAGAUGAAUACUCCUCUGACCCCAACUGAUAAUAAUGGCAUACCUAGUUCAGAAACCCAGCCAAACAAGCGCAGGAGAAAGAAGUCUAUUGUCUGGGAGCACUUCACAAUUGAAACUAUUGGGGUUGGAAAUACUAGGGCUUGCUGUAAGCAGUGCAAGAAAUAUUUUGCUUACAUCACUGGUUCAAAGCUGGCAGGCACAAGCCAUCUAAAACGACAUAUUGCCCUGGGUAUCUGCCCAGUAAGUCGUCAAAAAAAUCAGAUGACUCCCUUUACGCCAAGCUCCAAGACUGGUGCUACUGAUGCACCAAAACGACGCCCCAGAGCAAAUUCUGGAUAUGCGAAAAUUUCUUUUGAUCAGGAACGCUGCAACCAUGAGAUUGCUAAGAUGAUAAUUAUGCAUGAGUAUCCACUUCACAUUGUGGAACAACAAGGAUUCAUUAGUUUUGUUCGAACACUGCAACCUCAGUUCAAUAUGGUAAGCUUGAAGGCUGUUCAAGAUGAUUGUGUGGCUAUUUACCAUAGAGAAAAGCAGAAUCUUCUGAAUCAUAUCAGUGGAAUUCCUGGACGAGUCAGCCUUACAGUGGACUUGUGGACUUCAAAUCAGAACCUGGGCUAUGUUUUCUUGAGAGGACACUUCAUUGAUGGUGACUGGAAUUCAUAUCGUCAAAUCCUUAAUGUUGUAAUGGUACCGUCUACUGAUUCAGGUGACACUUUUAGUCAAGCUAUUUUGACCUGCUUGUCCGAUUGGCAUCUGGAAGGUCGGUUGUUUACCAUCACACUUGAUCAAUCCCUAUCGAAUGAAACCAUAAUUGGAAAUCUUAAAGGGCUUCUUUCAGUCAAGAACCCACACAUGCUCAGCAGUCAAUUACUGAUACGAAAUUGCUAUGCUCGUGUUCUGAGUCGUCUUGCACAAGAUGCACUGAGGGCAUUGAGCGGGACAAUCAUGAAAGUUCGUGAAAGCGUCAAGUAUGUGAAAACUUCAGAAUCCCGUGAAGAAAAGUUUGUUCAGCUGAAGCAACAACUUCAAGUUCCUAGCUCGAAGAACAUUUCAGUUGACAACCUAACUAAGUGGGACACAACAUAUCAUAUGCUGGUUGCGGCUUGUGAAUUGAGGGAAGUAUUUGCUUGCUUGGAUACAUAUGAUCCUGAUUAUAACAUAAACAUAUCGUUGGAAGAAUGGAAGCAGGUAGAAACUCUAUGUACAUACUUAAUGUAUUUUUUCGAUGCAGCCAACAUUUUAACUGCCCCAACAUACCCUUCUGCAAAUGCAUUCUUUCCAAAAGUAUCAGAAAUUCAGAAGGCAUUGAUGCAUGCGGCCAUGAGUGAUGAUCCCUUUGUCAGCUACUUGAUCAGACCUCUGUAUGAAAAGUUUGACAAGUAUUGGGAAAACUGCUGCCUUGUUUUAGCUAUUGCUGUUAUUAUGGAUCCGAGGUUCAAAAUGAAACAUGUAGAGUCAACCUUCUCUGAAAUAUAUGGUGAGAAUGCCGAAACAUGGAUUAGGAUUGUUGACGGUGGUAUUCAUGAUCUCUUCCUUGAAUACAUGAUGCAAAUGCUUACUCUACCAGAAAUACCAAUAGAAGAAGGGAACGACGGCAUCAUGAAAACAGAGCUACCGGAAAUACCAUCUCAGGAGAUUCUACUCUCUUCUGCAGAUGGGCUGCAAGAUUUUGAUUUCUUUAUGCCUGAUAUCACAGGUGGCCAGCAAAUGAAGUCAGAACUAGAUCAGUAUCUGGAAGAGGAAGAAUUUCUAUUGGUUGAUGGGGUGGAAGACUUUGAUGUUCUGGGUUGGUGGAGACUUAACAGACACAAGUACCCAACUCUCUCCAGGAUGGCUUCCGAUAUCUUGUCAAUACCCGUGUCUACUGUUGCCCCCGACGCUGUGUUUGACACCGAAAUAAAAAGAAUGGACAGUUACCGGACUUCAUUGGGUACGGCGACUCUUGAAGCCCUUAUCUGCGCCAAGGAUUGGAUUCAGUAUGGACCGUUACCACAACCACCAGCACUUCAAGAGUCUAAUGCUGCUGUCAAAAUGGAAUUCUAG